UUCAAAGUUAAAUUAAAACCACACUACCCUUUUUCUUCUAAAUGCUCCUCACCUGUUAAAGGUUUGUGGAAGCAGAAACUUUUGGUACCAAUUUUUCACUCAGAUUUUGAAUUCUCUCCUGCUUUUCCACACACACACACACAUAUAUAUAUAGUAAAGCAGAAUGACAAAUGUGGUGGAAGUGAAGGUUGGUUUACACUGUGACGAGUGUAUCAAGAAAAUUCUCAAGGCCAUCAAGAAGAUUGAAGAUAUUGAGACGUAUAACGCUGACAAACAGCUGAACAAGGUUAUCGUUACAGGGAACGUGACAACAGAAGAAGUGAUUAGAGUUCUUCAAAAGAUUGGGAAGCAUGCUAUUCCCUGGGAAGAUGUUCAAUCCCAACCCAAUUGCUGAACUCUCAAUUCCAUCCUUCAAGUUUUCUUUUCUCUUAGAACCACAUGCUCGAUGUAAAAUUAUAUAUACCAAACAGUUUUUUCCGUAAAAUUUUUCGGAAAAAAUAACUUUCUCAUCAUGUUUCUAGAAAUUAUAAUUCCCAAAUACUAAAAAAAAUGUAUCCUCUACCAAAAGUCCAAUUUAUUUAGGUAUAAUUAUAUAUGCACACCUCAUCAGUUUUGUAAUUUUUUGCCUUUAUCUCCGAAUAAACGCAACUGAUAGGUCAGCCAUCGUGUGAAACAUUUGC